UUAUUCCUGUUUGGUGUUUGCAGUGAACAGCUACCUCUUCCUCACUUGUCUCCAAUCCAGCUUCGAAUUGUGGAGCCGCCAUUGCCAUAGAUGAAUUUCUUCAUCUUUGGUGGUUACCAGCCGGCUUGAUUACAGAAUUCCCCAUUUCCGGCAAUGUAUGCAGCUUUCCACGUCUCUUUCUUCUCCACCUUCAGCUCAGACAAAGCUGCUUACACUUUCUUCAACCACUCAAAAAUGGCGACUUUAGCUCCAACAUUCACAUUCCCGCAUCACCCUUCAUUAUUCCUCGCUCCUCGCCACUCAAAUCUCUCUUUUCCUCCUUCCAAUUUCCCAAUCCAAAACCCUAGCCCGCUCAAGAGACUGCACAUCCAGCCUUCUGUCAGAGCCCAAGCAGCUCCCACCGAUCUCGGGGUAGUACAGAGAGUAGUCCAAUUGGUCCUGACCUCGCCGCCGACGUGGCAGUCCGCCGUUGCCAGCAACCUCAUCAUCUUCGUCCUCGGUUCUCCGCUUUUGGUCUCUGGCCUGUCGCUCUCCGGCUCGGCGUCGGCUUUCUUGCUCGCCACUCUCACUUGGCGCGCCUUUUGGAUCCCUGGCUUUCUCCUUGCGGCAAUCUACUUCAUACUUGGGACAGCUGUAACUAAGGUGAAGUUGGCUCAGAAGGAAGCUCAAGGUAUUGCAGAGAAGAGGAGUGGAAGGAGAGGACCGGGAAGUGUGAUCGGUUCCAGUUCAUCUGCAUGCGUGUGUGCCUUACUGUCAAUUAAAGGGAUUGGCGGAGCUGCAUUCUCUCGGCUUUGGGAACUUGGAUUUGUGGCGUGUUUCUGUACUAAGUUGAGUGAUACUGUCUCAAGCGAGAUCGGGAAGGCAUAUGGUAAAACAACAUACCUCGUCACGACACUCAAGGUAGUUCCAAGAGGAACAGAAGGGGCAGUGAGCGUUGAGGGGACUUUGGCUGGACUUUUUGCUUCAAUUCUCCUGGCCUCCACUGCUUGUAUAAUGGGUCAGAUAAAUAUACCCGAAGUGGCUAUAUGCGUUUUGGCUUCCCAAAUUGCCAACGUUGGCGAGAGUCUGAUAGGCGCUGCACUUCAGGAGAAGCAAGGAUUUCAAUGGCUCAACAAUGAUGCUGUGAAUGUGAUCAACAUAUUCAUGGGCACCAUUCUUGCAAUCCUAAUGCGGCAAAUAGUCUUCCUCUUCAAAACAACUGUAAAACCGUUUUAACUGUUCAAGAACAGCCGGUUUAUUUAUUUAAAAAACAGAACAAAGUCAGGCUGUUACGGGUUAAACUAUUUAAAAAAAAAAAAAAAAAAAAAACUGCAACUUGUAUAUACACAUAUUCUAAUGUUAGAUUAUGUAAUUCUUUUUCUUCUUCCUAGUCGAAUUUAAGUUUUGUAUUAAUUUUGUGUUCUACAUAUUAUACUGUCAUUUAACUGUUUGGUCUUCAA